CCAGCGCAUAACAAUGACUCUAUGAACGGCUGGACGAUCUCCAAUGUGAUAUGUACUCUAGAUCAGGAGGACAUCACCUGAUGCAAGCAGGACGACCUGAGGCCGGAACCUCAGUUGCUAGUGGUCCUCGAAACCGUCACGAUCCAUUCCAGCGCAAUUGUGCCUUUACCUCAACCAACACCCUUCACUAGACAACCACUCCAAACAUGUCGUCCCAAAAGACUGAGACAUUCGAAGGAAUCGACUUCGAAGGCAUCACAGAAAUGACCAGUCUGGAGACGGAUGAGAUCAAAGUCCUGAAGAUCUGCUUCAACAUGUUCGACGUCAAGAACGUGGCUUUCCUCUCAUCCAAUGACUUGGACGAUAUUCUCCGCGGAAUGGGAUUCAGACCCUCGAAAGAGGAGCUCAAGGACAUCUUGGAGGAAAUCGACGAGGACGGUUCAGGCGAGAUUGAGUUCGUCGAGUUCUGUCAGCUUUGCGCCAAGUUCUUGGUCGAAGAGCCUGACGAGGACACCAUGAAGGCUGAGUUGAAAGAGGCCUUCAGGAUCUACGACAAGAACGCCAAUGGAUACAUCACCACGGAUCAGUUGCGCGAAAUCAUCUCCGAACUCGAUCAGAGACUCACGACCGAGGACUUGGACGGUAUUAUCGAGGAGAUCGACGAGGAUGGAAGUGGAACUAUGGACUUUGACGAAUUCUGUGGUAUGAUGAUGAGCAAAUAAACGGUUGCCUCUCAGGCAACGCGACUAAGAUGAACGAUCAACUAACUAUCUUACUAGACUUUGCUUCAUUGCAUUCCUGGAAUCUCGGGCAUAGCCUUCACUGACCCUGCAGAUUUCUAUUGAAAUAUCACUCCCACUUUAAUCAACCAAUUUGAGGUAAAAAAAACUUUUGGACACCAACAAUGUCAGUUUCCUUAACGAAAAUUGUUCCCCUUGUCAAGAUCCCACAUGAACAGCAUUGGAGAACUCCAUUGCUGGCCCAUUGCUCAAAAUUAUAAGUCCUCAUUCACAAUUGAUGAUAAAAAUACUAUGGAUUGAAUGGUGCCCUAGACGGAGGUGCCUUUUAACCUACUGAAAAUCCGUACCAGUACAAUGAAAAAUAUUGCCCUUGUCACUUUGGUAGGAACAAGCACAUCUGCGUUUUGAGCUCGAGAAAAGUCACCAACUUGAAUUAAUUUGUUUCCAAUAAAAAAAAAAGAAGUUGCACAUUUGACAUUGUUACCCAGGUGGUUGUCAAGUCUCGUUAUCCCACUUUAUAUGAAUAAAAAGCCUAUUUUGUCUUCUGUU